CAUGCAUCACACAGUUCAGGUGUGGUUUGGAGAUGAUCCCCCUUUAAGUCCACGAAGUCCACUGACUCCAAGGCAUGGCCCAGGCUUAGCAGAUGUUUUACUCUACGACCAGUGGAUAUCUGUCCGACAUGAGGCAACUCUGGUUCCUAUGCAGGAGGAUCUGUCCAUCUGGCUGUCUGGCUUGUUAGGGAUAGAACUUACAGCAGAACAAUUGUUGGAAGAUCUUGAUAAUGGUGUACUGCUGUGCAUGUUGAUUGGCGUUAUUCAAAGCACAGUUAAAAAAUGUUGUGACCCAAAUAGUUUAAGGGAUUUCCCUCUGAGAAAAGUCCCUUGUAAGAAGGAUGCACCAUCAGGAUCCUUCUUUGCUAGAGAUAACACAGCCAACUUUCUGAAUUGGUGCAGGUGCAUUGGAGUGGAUGAGACUUACCUCUUUGAAUCCGAAGGUUUAGUUUUGCACAAGGACCCAAGACAAGUGUACCUUUGCCUACUGGAAAUUGGUCGCAUUGUAUCAAGAUAUGGAGUUGAACCUCCUGUGUUAGUAAAACUGGAGAAGGAAAUUGAAUUAGAAGAAACCUUGUUGAUGUCCUCUGAUGCAGUAGCUCCUGACAUGACCCCCAAAUCAUGUUGUCAACAUGGAGAACUACAUGAAGCAGUUAAGCACAUUGCUGAAGAUCCUCCUUGCAGCUGCUCUCAUAGGUUUUCAAUUGAGUACUUAUCUGAAGGACGCUAUAGAUUAGGAGAUAAAAUACUCUUCAUACGAAUGUUACAUGGCAAGCACGUGAUGGUCCGUGUUGGUGGAGGUUGGGAUACCCUUCAAGGGUUUCUACUGAAGUAUGAUCCUUGCCGAGUGCUGCAGUUUGCAACAUUAGAACAAAAGAUUUUGGCGUUUCAAAAAGGUCCAUCCAAUGAGACUGUUCCCAAUUCAUCUGCUAGAGCUCCACAGCCCCCACUCAUGAACCCCAUAUCUGCUAUUGAUAUGUACCAAACACAAAAUCCAAAGCCCUCUACUCCUGUUUCAGCUGCAAAGACUUCUCGUGUAGCUAAUACAAAGCAAGCAGCAGCUAGGUUUCCUAUAUCACCUGCACUUUCUUCCCCAAAAGCAAGAAUGCACACACCACCUACAAGCCAAUUUGUAUUGGGCCAGCCCAAGUCGAAAGGCUCUUCAGUAAAUAACAGUUGCACAGCUUCCAAAUCUUCAACAGCUGCUUCAAAAAAACCACCUCUUUCUCAUAAGCUAACUUCUGCUUCGAAAUGUGUACAACCUAUAAACAAAGGUUCUUCAGUGGGCUUACUAAGAACUGCUGUGACUUCUUCAGAAUCGCUUCAGAAACGUAUCAUGUCACCAGUCAAGCUUGAACGCUCCUGUAAUUCUCCAGUCAUGUCACAUCCUGGCAUUUCUUGUUCAACAAGUAACCUUUCUGAGCUACCUGGAACAACUAAAAGAGUGGCAUUGGAAAAAGAAUAUCAUUCUACUAACAGCAGAGCUGGUAUCAGUGUUGCAGCCAAAUGUAAGCCUCUUUCGAAAACCUCAGCAAAAUCUACAAGGCCAACUAACAGAAAUUUACAUGUUCCUAAAUCAACGUACUCACAACAGUCUUCUCCAAUACCAACCAAAACUGUUCCUAAAACUAACACUCAAGCUUUACCAACACAGUUCAGCUCCUACAGAGGCAUGCCAGAAACCAGCCAGGCCAAAAAUAUCAAAACUGCUACUAGCACCAAGCAGCUGGGUUCUACAUCCUCGCUUACUGCAGGUAAAUCAACUUCUACAUUAGUAUCACAGAGUAAAAAUGCAUCUUCAGUUGUUAACAAUCAUUCUUCAGCCAAGAACAUAUUGGUCCAAAGUAGCAGUGUGAGAACUCGGGUACAUCCUGAGCGUACUCCACUGUCUGUUGUGCGUCUUCCCCAAACGUCCACCAUAGAUGAAACCAGAAAAAAGCCAAUGCAAGCUGCCACCAAAAGUCAAUCGCUGGUUAAAUCCUCCAAGAAGAAUGAGAAAAUCCUUGAUUCAACUUCUAAGAACCCUCUUUUAAAAGUAAAGAUUGCAACUGUAACUACUAAGGGAACACCUGGGGGGUUAAAGGAUCCUACACUGAAAAGUAAACAAGAUGAUAAUUAUUUUGUUAUGACUGGAAAUAAGAAACUCAAAAAGUAAGAUAACCAGGAAUGUAAACGGUUUCCUUCUCUUUCCAGUAGCUGCUUCAUUUAAGAGAAUGCUAACAUUAAAUGGCAAUACAGUAACUGAAAUGCUUACUCUUGUUUUACACAGUGCAGUUUGAUCAGCUGUAUUAGUCAGUGAACAACAUGUUUUCUAGAACUUAUAUCAGCCUUCCCUAGUGAUCAACAUUAGGCACUUUAAUGUGGAAUAUAUAAACCUUGGGUCCAUUUCCCAUAUCUAUGUUUGAUGUGAUAAAAGUCCUUAUAAAAUGUUCCUUUCUCAGUUUUGCACGGCACAUACUUCUAAAUGAGUCUCAUGUGUCAGCUAGUAUUUACCAUAUCAGGGGGAAACAUGAGAAUGGCAGUCUCCUAUAUUAGUAGUUUUGGGGUGUUGCCUGUUGGGAGGCAGCCUUAUCAAAAAUAUUCUGUGUUUACUGUUGAUUUUAGGCCUCUUUA